CUGCGCAUAUACAGCUCAAGUCUUUGAACAGCUCACCCAUGGCCGCGCGGGCCAACAAAUAUGGUGAAAUUUCGCAGAAUGGCAGGAGAGCGCAGGGAGGCAGGACAGCGCAGGAGAGGUCGAUCGACGACUGGCUCCCGAUCACGUCCUCGAGGAACGCCAAGUGGUGGUACUCGGCUUUCCACAAUGUCACCGCCAUGGUCGGAGCCGGCGUCCUCAGCCUACCCUACGCCAUGUCUGAGCUCGGCUGGGGUCCUGGCAUCGCGGUGCUGCUCCUGUCGUGGAUCAUCACGCUGUAUACGCUGUGGCAGAUGGUGGAGAUGCACGAGGCGGUGCCGGGGACGAGGUUCGACCGGUACCAUGAGCUCGGGCAGCACGCGUUCGGCGAGAACCUCGGGCUGUGGAUCGUCGUGCCGCAGCAGCUCGUCGUCGAGGUCGGCCUCAACAUCGUCUACAUGGUGACCGGCGGCAAGUCGCUCCAGAAGUUCCACGAGGUCAUCUGCGACGGCAGGAACUGCAAGGACAUCAAGCUCACCUACUUCACCAUGAUCUUCGCGUCCGUCCAGUUCGUCCUCUCCCAGCUCCCCAACUUCGACGCCAUCUCCACCAUCUCCCUUGCCGCCGCCAUCAUGUCAAUCUGCUACUCGACGAUUGCUUGGGGGGCUUCCUUGGACAAGGGAUGGAAGGCGGCGGGGCAGGUGCACUACCACCUGCGCGAGACGUCGGCGGCGGGGAAGGUGUUCGGCUUCUUCGAGGCGCUGGGGGACGUGGCCUUCGCGUACGCCGGCCACAACGUCGUGCUCGAGAUCCAGGCCACCAUCCCGUCCACGCCGCAGAUGCCGUCCAAGAAGCCCAUGUGGAAGGGCGUGGUCGUCGCCUACGUCAUCAUCGCCCUCCACUACUUCCCCGUCGCGCUCAUCGGCUAUUGGGCAUUCGGCAACACCGUCAAGGACAACAUCCUCAUCACCCUCGACAAGCCCAACUGGCUCAUUGCCACCGCCAACAUGAUGGUCGUCCUCCAUGUCGUCGGAAGCUACCAGGUUUACGCCAUGCCCGUGUUCGACAUGAUCGAGAUGGUGCUCGUCAAGAAGCUGCGCUUCCCUCCCGGCCUGCCCGUCCGUUUGGUUGCACGGACCGCCUAUGUUGCGUUCACUAUGUUCAUAGCCAUCACCUUCCCCUUCUUCAGUGGGCUGCUUGGAUUCUUCGGUGGAUUCGCAUUCGCACCGACGACUUAUUUCCUUCCCUGCAUCAUGUGGCUGGCAAUCCACAAGCCCAGAAGAUUCAGCCUCUCAUGGUGCACUAAUUGGAUUUGCAUCAUACUUGGAUUCAUGCUUAUGAUACUAUCGCCCAUCGGAGGACUCAGGCGGAUUAUAAAGGAGGCCAAGACUUACGAUUUCUACUCGUAGAUUCUAGACUAGUAUACUACUUAGACAAAAAAAAAUCUUGGAGAGAAAAAACAGAGACCGUAAUGCCACAUCUAGUUACAGACGCUUAAAAUAUGCAUAGAAGGUUGCCGUUUGCUCUAGUACAACCCCCUCCCACCAAACUCAAACUUAUCAAGGGCUGAGAUCACUCCGUACCCCUUCACGGGAGGGGUUACCGAAAUGUCACGAGUCGCCAAAAAAGGCUUAGCUCAAAUGAAAAGGGUUCCGUAGGCGUUAGUUGUAAAUAGGUAAUGUGUGUGAUUGUAUAUGUUUAUCUAUAUUGUAGGAUCAACUUGGCUUCGCUUUUGUGUUCAGAGAAGAGAAUCGCUACUAGUUUCUUGUUUCUAGUCCAUUCAUAAAAUCAUUGUGAAGUACCAGUUUAACCUUACACUUCCGGUUCCAGUUAUGAUUAGUUAUAUUUUUUUUUU